UUGCCAAUGCCCUGGCUGGCCUGGAACCUCGAUUCUUCAGAUCUCAGCUUCCCAGAUAGCUAGGAUUACAGGCAUGAGCCACUGGCACCUGGCAUUCAGUUACCUUUUGGUGGCUAUCUUCUAUUUUAACCCAUCAACCUUCUUGCAGGUAUCUUCACCAGCAGGAUCACUUAUUUAGCCCCACUCAGUUUUUGCUGAAAGGGUGAUGACCAUACCACUGUGUUCAGGGAACCAUGGUCAUUGCAGCAAGAUCAAUAAAUACUUGUGGAAUGCAUGACUUGCUGGCUGCCUGUGUCUGUGAGUGGGAGAGCUGGAGACCACCGUAGAAGGCCAAGCUACUGUGUUACUCCACCCACCAGGCUGGCUCCACCCUCUUGUGACCUCUCCAUCUCCACCUCCAUUUGACCUGAAUGUGUGAUUCAGGCCUUUCAGACAUUUGUAGAACUUUGACCUUUUGGAGGCAGGGCAGUUCAUCACUGGGAGGGCUAGCCCCCACCUCUGGUUCUAGGCAGCCCAAUCUGCUCUGGAUUGUCUGACUUGAUGAUUAGCCAGAAGGAAGAGCCUGGGGCUGUUGGGAGUUUCUGCACUCUGCUUUGAAUCCCAGCCUACCCUCCGGCCUUCCCACCCCCUUUUCUGAUCCCCUGCGCGCUCUAGAGACCUGUCCGAGCAGGGGCUCGGACUACAUCUCCCAGCGUCCCUGGCAGAUGGUGCCUCUGUGUGCCGUCUGCACCAGUUGGGGGUGACGAUGUGGCGGGCAGUGAGCAUGGUGUCCCCUCUGGGCUUUCGCCUGCAGGCGCUUCCCUCUACCCUGGGUCGCCCACUCAGUUGCGCACAGGUGGGAUAAAGGGUGCUGAAGUUUGGUGCCGAUCUUGGAGGGUGGGGGAGGGAGGCUGCUGGGCACUGGGGCCCUGGUGGCACUAAGCUUGGCUGCCCACAGGAUGUACUCCGAAGGACUCCUCUCUAUGAUUUCCACCUGGCCAAAGGUGGGAAAAUGGUGACAUUUGCUGGUUGGAGUCUGCCGGUGCAGUACCAGGACACUCAUGUUGACUCACACCUGCAUACACGCCGGCACUGCUCGCUCUUUGAUGUGUCCCACAUGCUGCAGACCAAGAUAUUUGGUCGUGACCGGGUGAAGCUGAUGGAGAGCCUGGUGGUUGGUGACAUUGCAGAGCUAAAGCCAAACCAGGGGACCCUGUCACUGUUUACCAAUGAGGCUGGAGGCAUCUUAGAUGACUUGAUUGUGACCAGUACUUCUGAGGAGCACCUGUAUGUGGUGUCCAAUGCUGGCUGCUGGGAGAAGGACUUGGCCCUCAUGCAGGACAAGGUCAGGGAGCUUCAGAACAGGGGUGAUGAUGUGGGCCUGGAGGUGGUAGAUAAUGCUCUGCUAGCACUGCAAGGCCCCACUGCAGCUCAGGUGCUACAGGCUGGCGUGGCAGAUGACCUGAAGAAACUGCCCUUCAUGACCAGUGCUGUGAUGGAGGUGUUUGGUGUGUCUGGCUGUCGUGUGACCCGUUGUGGCUACACAGGAGAGGAUGGUGUGGAGAUAUCAGUACCAGCGGCUGGGGCCGUGCACCUGGCAACUGCUCUGCUGGAAAAUCCAGAGGUAAAGCUGGCAGGGCUGGCGGCCCGGGACAGCCUGCGCUUGGAGGCAGGCCUCUGCCUGUAUGGGAAUGACAUUGAUGAAAAUACCACACCUGUGGAGGGCAGUCUCGGAUGGACAUUGGGGAAGCGCCGCAGAGCUGCUAUGGACUUCCCAGGAGCCAAAGUCAUUGUUCCCCAGCUGAAAGGCGUGGUGCAGAGGAGGCGUGUGGGGUUGAUGUGUGAGGGUGCCCCGAUGAGGGCACACAGUCCCAUCCUGAGCACAGAAGGCAGCGUGAUUGGUGCUGUAACCAGUGGCUGCCCAUCACCCUCCCUAAAGAAGAAUGUGGCGAUGGGUUAUGUGCCUCCCAAGUAUAGUCGGCCAGGGACACAGCUGCUGGUGGAGGUGCGGCGGAAGCAGCAGAUGGCUGUGGUCAGCAAAAUGCCUUUUGUGCCCACGAACUACUACACUUUCAAAUAAGGACGGCCUAGGGCAGGGCCCUCCUCUCCAGA